UCGUAGGAAUUUUUCCGGAUUCUUAAAUAAAACUGCCUACAUUAGCCCCUUUUUUGCAAUUAACAUAAUAUGAUAACAUUAUUUUCAUCUUGAUAAAACAAAUUGUAUGUAAUCUGUGGUAUUAUCACAGAAUAUAUGAAAUAUAUUUCAUAUAUUUUGUGGUAUUAUCUAAAAGCCUUUGGGUGCAUCAUAUAGUUCAAUGUAAUCUGUGAUAUAAUUACGAUAUGAUAAAAUGUAUAGUAAUUUUAUUUUCUUGAAUUACAUUUAAAAAAUAAUUUAUUAUUCAAAUGUUGUAACUGUAUUGUUUGUUCUAAAUGUAAUUUUGUUGUUCUACGAAAUUCAGAAUGAAUUCAUUAGUAGCUGAUUAUGGAGAUGAAACAGAUACCGAUUCAUAUGAAAGUGAUUUAAAUCACGAUGAAAAUAUUAAGGAAGCAAAAUUGAUUGAUCAAACUAAACCUGAUAAUAAGCUUCCUGCUCCAAGGUUUAAAGAGACUGGUAUUAUAAAUGAAUCAGUCUUCAGAAAUCCUUAUUUAGAAGCUGAACGAGCUAAAAGCGCGGUAUUAGAAAAACAUGUUAAAAUGGUUCCUGCUAAAAACUACAUCACAAAAGUUAAUGGAAAAAAUAUUUGUUGGAUGAAUAAAAAAGGUCGUUGCCGUUUUGGUAACAAAUGUAAAUUUGCCCACGAUUCAGAAUUAUAUAAUAGCUCUACUGUUUUAAAGAAAGAUGAAUCAAAUAAGGACACUAAUAGUUUGAAUAAGAGAAAAAAAGAAAACAGGGCUAUCACAAACAUUAAAACCUGGAAAAAAAGUGCUUCAAAUAUUUAAAAAUACAGAAAGGUUAAACUUAUAUUCAUAAUGUUGCAAUUAUAAUUUAUAUUUGAAAAUUGUUUCAUAAUUAUGUAUAAAUAUAGUAUUUAUUACUCAUAA